CUCCUGCGCCCGCCUCAAACCUUGUGGUCUCCCUUUCUCUUUCCUCCUCCUCCUCCUCCCAGGUGAAGACUGAGUGGCACCCGCCUGGCACCAUCGGAGGGAAGAAGGGAAAGCAGGGAAAGGGGGCCUUUUCUGGGUGCCAGCAUGGACAGCGCCCAGGGAGAGAAGCAGCUGGAGCUGAUCGCCAGCCUGAAAGACCAAGCUAUUGGUGAAUAUGAAGAUCUAAGGGAAGAAAACAAGAAAACAAAAGAAGAGUGUGACAAAAUCAAACAGGAGAGAGAUGAAGCAGUCAAACGGUUGGAAGAAUUGCAAAAAGUUUCUCACAUGGUCAUUGAGGAAGUCAGCUGUAUACAGAACCACCUUGAAAUUGAAAAGACAUGUCGUGAAAGUGCAGAAGCUCUGGCUACUAAGCUGAACAAAGAAAACAAGACGCUGAAAAGAAUCAGCAUGUUAUAUAUGGCAAAACUGGGUCCAGAUAUCAUUACUGAAGAAAUUAACAUUGAUGAUGAUGAGUCCUCUACGGAUACGGAAGGUAGCCCUGGUGCAUGUGACUCACUGAAAUGCCAGCAGGUGAUAAAAGAUCUGCGAGAUCAAAUUAUAGCUCUUCAGGAGGAAAAGAAGACCAUCGCCAUUGAACUGGAAAACCUGAAGAUCAAAUUUGUUGAAGAAGUUGUAGAAGUAAAAAAAAUAAAGGAAGAAAAUGCAGUGCUGGCUGCAGAAGUUCAUAAACAGCAGAAAGUUUUGGAAAAAUGUAACCGAAUGUCUGUACUGGCAGUAGAAGAAUAUGAAGAAAUGCAGGUCAACUUUGAACUGGAGAAAAACUUGCGAAAGAGGGCAGAAUCAUUUGCACAAGAGAUGUUUAUUGAACAAAAGAAGUUGAAACGGCAAAGUCAACUUUUGCUGCAAAAUGCUGGUCCAGAUGAACAACUUAUGAAAGCUCUGGAUGAAAAUGCCAAGCUGAACCAAAUGCUGGAGGAAGAGAGGUUGCAGCACCAGCAGAAGGUUGAAGAAUUAGAGGAACAACUAGGUAAUGAAGUCUUGCAUAAGGAAAUUAAAUCACUGAAACAACAACUGGAACUGUUAGAAGAAGAUAAAAAAGAAUUAGAAGAAAAGUGUCAAAGUGCUGAAGAACAAAUUAAAAGCUUAAAGCAUUCAGUGGAUGAACUUCAAAAAAGAAUGCAACAAUCAGAAAACCCAGUACCUCCCCCACCACCACCGCUGCCACCUCCACUUCCUCCACCUCCUCCAAAUCCAAUAAGGUCCCUUAUGUCAAUGAUUCGUAAGAAGUCUCAUCCAAAUAGCAGUGUGACCAAGAAAGAAAAGACAGCAUCUCAGCAAGAGUCAGGAGAAGUAACAGAUCUGAAGAGACAAGCUGUGGAAGAAAUGAUGGAUAGAAUUAAAAAGGGUGUUCACCUUAGACCUGUUAAUCAGACCAACCGUUCUAAGACAAAGCCAGAAGUGCCCAAAGCCUCUGAGAGUGCAAUGAAAGAGCUAAAGGGAAUUCUGGAAACACUCAGUACAUCUGCAAGUUCAAGAAGUCUAAAAUCCUUAGACACAUACAGUAACGAAACAGAAUUAGAAAGAAUUCUACGCUUGAGAAAAGUGACAACUGAUCAAGAUAGUAGCAGUCCAACUGGAUUCUUGACUACCUCUGAAUCCAAGUCCAUGCCACUGUUGGGUCCCAGUGGAACACAGUCCACCUUGAACAAGAAAGCUGCAGUGGUAGAAUUCAGUUCCAGUUCUUCUCCAGAUGUACACUGUCCUAAAAUGAUCAAGAGCGCAAGUUCCAAGGUUUCCAUUGAGUCACCAAGCAAUGUAGGACCUGAAAACAAGGUUGCUGGAACAGAAAAGCCUGAAGAAUCCAUGGUACUAUUGAGUCCUGAGAAAACCAAAGAGCAAAUGCCUGAACAUAUGGAUCAAGGCCAGAUGACUAAAGAAAAAAGUCAAGAGCUUCAUAAAGAUGGUAGUGCUGAGCAAACAAAAGAGAAAGACACCUCUCACUGCUAAUUGAUGUGCUAAAAGGCAUUGACUUCUGGACGUUCUUUUCAGAGAUUGUCAGUUGUUUUCAUUAUGUUUACUAGGAAGGGCUACACUCUAUACUUUCUGGUGUGUCUAUGAUUGUUUACUGAAUUAGCCUUAGUUUUGUACAAUCCAAAAUUUCACUUUGGGCCAUUUUUUCCUAUUUUACCCAGCUCUGUCUUGUUCCUGUCUCUCCCAAAAACUGUAAGAUGUUUAUUUCUUAAAUUAUGCAAAAUAUCAAGUAUCAUUUGCAAUAAUGAUGUCACUAAGGCUUGAUUCAAAGAACACUGAUACUAAUUUGAAAGAAUAGGUCAAACCUUAAUGAGGUAAAAACAUAAAUGCACUUGUACAAGUGACUGUUGGGGUAACCAGAGAUUCUUUAGCAAACAAAGGGCACAGUCUAUUGAGGCCUUAUUUGUAAGGCUUAUUAACACUUGGGCUGCUUCCUUUGGCCAGGAUGCUGUUGGUGCACUAUGCGAGUGGGGGUGCUUUUUCCAUGGUCACAAAGCCAUGGAAAAGAAAAGUAGACACAGUCCACCAGUUCCAAAAGGCCUGCAUCUUCUUUUAAGGCUGCUGUGCCCGUGGUCUUUUCGUGCCACUGUCUACGUUGGUAUAGUUAUGCGGUGCAGUGCACUAACAGGAUUCUCGGUUUUUCACUGACCACUUGGUAGAAUGCAAGUCCUCUUUAAAUUGAUAGAAUUUACUUCUGAGUCAAACUACACUGUUAGUCAAUAGCAUGUAUUUUAGUCAGGCAAUUUUAUCUGGCAUACAUAUGCAUGGCUAGAGCAGAUGUUUUGAAAAAAUAUAUAUAUCCUUCUUUUUCAGAUUUUAUGAGACCCUUGGAUAACAGGCAUUCAUAGAAUCAUAGAGUUGGAAGGGACCACAAGAGUUAAGAGCUGAUUGCAUGGCUUAAUCAUCCGUUUUACCUCUAUCCGUUUUAAGUCUUAUUUCGGGCUGCAUCCUGAUCUUAUCAGAAGGUUUUUGCAGCCAAAUCUGCUGGCCAAAUACAUCCUGGGUGCACCCCAUCUUCCAGGAGCUCUCUGGCAGCCAUUUUCUUAAUAUGGAAAACUCCCAGAUCCGAAAAGAGCCUCAAAGGGUGCUACUGGAAGCGGGGAUGCAUCCAGGAUAUAUUCGGGAGGCAUAUUUGGUGGAAAAAACCUUCUGAUAAAAUCAGGACGCAACCUGGAUUAUGAUUUAUCAUAAAUCAGAUAGAAGUAAAACAGAUUAUUAAACCAUGUGACAAGCUCCUUACCUAAUCUAGCCCCCUGCUAUUCCGUUCUAUUUGAAACAGAAAAAUAGACUUCCUCUGCAUCUACCACCUGCGUUCUUAUUUUUUUUUUAGUCAAGUAACUGAUAAAUUGACUCACAGCACCAUCCUAUAUGUAUCUGCUCAGAAGCAAGUCUUGCUGAAUUCACCAAGUGAAUACUUACUUCCAGGUAAAUUUAUAUAGGAUUAUAUCUUAAAUCAGAGAUUAGCAAAGCACAACUGUGGGGCUGCAUGUCACCCCCAGAGAUAUUUUUGUGGCCCUCCAUACAUCCAGAUACCCUAGAAUGACUUUUUUUCUGGCCAAUAAAAGGGACGACUCGGUACUCUCAGAAGUCUCCAGUUCAACAAUUUACCUUAUAAGUAGCUUGCAAGGCCUCCCUGAGAAAUAAACAUUUUUGAGAAGCAGAAGUGGAUUUCUGGACACUUGGGGGGGGGGGGUUAUAUGGUUUUAGUAGCCCAGGAAGUCUCUGGAGGGGCAAGGGCAUACAAUAUGCUGAACUUGUUUGGGGGAUGAAUGCAGCACAUUGGACAUCUUCAAAAUUCAGAGUGAAAACCCCAUGUAGAUUCACUGUCCCAAUGCUAUGGAAGCCCUCCGUUCUCCCUGAUAUGGACUAUUGUAUCCUUCUUGUUCAAUUUUGCAUAGAUACUUUUGAAAAGCAAAAAUGGAAUACUUCUACAGUAUAGCAAGAUUUUUUUCAUCAGUUUCUUUGCAAGUAGUGACAAACACAUGGUUAGCUAUUGAAAGGAUCCAAAGCACAAAUUAUUCCAGAGAUAGGGAAUAUCAGUUUGAAGUGGAAGCAUAUUUUCACUAGAUUUAUUGGUAGUGUGCUGUUUGCUUUCAGGGUCAUAGAAUUAAUUCCCAGAUAAAUUGUUUGGAGGAGAAAGUACAUAAACCUACUUCCUUUAACACAAUCCACCCCUUCAGCCACUAUGUAAUCCUGCUAGGUUUUGUUCCAAUCAUAUAGCUAAUUUUCUUCAGAUGAUACAUAUCAUGCUCCUUCAAGCAUGAUAUUUAGGAUCAAACUACCCAUCAGUCUCUGCAGUCAUGUGGCAGAAAUUUGGAUUGUACUUUAAUGCUUAAUACAAAAUGUUUACAGAAUAGCUGCCACUGUUUCUACUUUGGCGCCUUCUUUGGGAAAGAAUGUUAAUGUUCAGUCAUUCACAAUAUGGAUAGUAUUUUAGACAGGAACCAGCUGGCAGGAAUAUUUCAAGAAACACAAGCAGCAUAAUGUUUUAUGAAUGAAGACAAAAUAGUGAGCUGACACAGACAAACACCUGCCUCACAAUAAGGAAGCUGAUGCAGUGGUCAAUUCAUAUUAAGAGUCUGAAGAGUUUCAUACCUACCACCUUAAGAUACUCUAUGUAUCUCUUCUUUCAGCAUGAAAAAAGGAUAGUGGCUCAGGGAAGCAGCCUACCACAGCUAUAAAACAAACUGAGCAAUCAGUCCUAUUGUUCCUGCAAUGGGUAUAAUAUCCAAUACAUAAAGCAUCUCUGUUUUUAUUACUAGGAGCUGGUAGAAAUCCUGAGAAUCCCAGUUUUCACUUUUAAAAUCUGGUUACACUGACAGUUCCUACACUUUAGUUCCUCCAGGCCAGAAUCCCACAAGGUCAAACUUGUUGCAUAAUAGACAAUUCUAAGAAUGGAUUGAUAUCCUCACUGCUCACCCCAGGGAAGUAUCCAGAGACCUCCCUAAAUGGGCAGCAGCAGUGAGCCAUGGUUGGUGGGUGGCCUCAGUCACCUGCUCCCCUUGCAUAUCACCACCAAUGAAAGCAGUAGAUACCUGGCAUGCAAUUCCUGGCACAGGCCAGCUUUAUUGAGAGCCAGCUGGUUAUUAAAUUCCUGACUCAUCAGUCCUUGGCAUCAUGGGAAGGGUCUCUUGGCAAAAGACCAUUCUAAGAAUGAGUUGAUAAGCCACAGGGCAUUUCCUAAGCCAUUCCCUCUGACAGUUCCUUGAAAAGGCACAGGGCAUUUCCUAAAGCCAGUCCCUCUGGUAGUUCAUUGGCUCUUAAGAAAUCUAAGGUCUGAGAUAGGUAUUAAAAAACCCAGACACAUCCCAAUACAGAUAGCCUGUGCCAGGACAACAAUUAUUAUUAUUAUUCGCCAAAAGAAAAAAUAAAUGCUCUGUCCUUUUCAACAAAAAAUUACAUUUUUUCUACAUUUUAUGUUAACCAAUGUUAAUUGGUUAAUUGAUUGUGUAGACACACUCUCUUCCCUAGAGAGGCAUGGUAUCUUCAAAAAUUUCUAUAAUGCAUUUUGCAUUUCAGAGUAAUUAAAUUCUUCCCUUGUUCUUUGCCAUUUAGAACAAUAACAACAGUUGUGGUGUUUCUGCCAGUAGAAGAAACUUAUACAGUGGACCCUUGUUAUACGCUGGGGUUUGGUUCCAAGAUCCCCUGUGGAUAACAAAAUCCAUGUAUGCUCCCAUUAAAUAUAAUGACAUAGCAAAAUGGUGUCCCUUAUAAAAAAUGGAAAAUUAAGGUUUGAUAUUUGAAAUUUAUAUCUUUUUUGAACAUUUUCAAACCGUGGAUGCUUGAAUCCGUGUAUAAAAAAAUCCAUGUAUAAGGAGGGCUGACUGUAAUUUCUUGCAGGCAUAGCCAUAUUUUGACCUUCUGUUUCACGUAUCUACUGCAUCCAGGUAAGGCUUUAAAACCUAUGCUACCUACCUUUUUAUUUUCAUCCACUAUUUUGCUCACUUUCAACCAGGUGCAGUUACAACACACUUGUUUUUGUGUCCCUCUAAUUAGAUUUUGCAUCCAAUUAAUUAUUUAGCAGUGUUUCUCAAACUUUGGUUCUCCAGGUGUUUUGGACUUCAGCUCCUACAAGCCCUAUCCAGUUGGGCUAAUGAUCAGGAGUUCUGGGAGCUGAAGUCCAAAACAUCUGGAGGACCAAAGUUUGGGAAACACUAUGGAAGGGUAGGGAACCUGAGGUUUUCUGUUGUUGGCCUGCAGCUCAUGUCACCUGCCACUAUUGAUCAUGCUUGCUGAAACUACUGGGCCAAAGCCCAACAAUAUCAGGAGAACCACAGGUUCCUUUCCAGCCCUGUCUUAUAGAAAGGAUGCAUCUUAAAAUACCUCUAAAAAAGGCCUCUGCUGCCAGUAGCGUUCUUUUAAUUAGUUUGUAUUAAUUGUCUGGUGCUUCCAUUAACAUUGUCUGAAUACUAUGUAUGUUUUUAAUGUGUUCAACACCAUUUUCAAAUGGUCAAAAAUAAUUCUAUUUACAUUGUUGAUAGAAUUUGAGAAAGUUAAGUCUCAUCUCUUUCCAGCUGGUUUUGCAACUAAAUGGUCUUAUACACAUCUUAUAUAUUGACUUGUUUGGGCUUUGCUCAGUACACAGGCAAAACAAUUCUACAGCAAUAUUUUAUUAAAAUGUUAUUGAAAUACACUCCUCCCUCUACAUUUGCAGCUUUGACUUAUGCGGACUUGAUUAUUCACAGAUUUUAUUACUAUGUUCUCUCUAGGAAUCUCUAGGUCCUC